GGGGUUUUCUGUGUGUGCGGUUCCCGGUUCCACACAUCGUCCUGUCACUUAUAUCAGCUGUUAGCUUUAACCGCUUCGAUAACACGAGUAAAAGUCCGAAAGUCGGUCCCGGCGGUGACAUCAUGGCCGCCGCUCCUUCCCGAGCCCCGCGGGAGGAAGACAACAACUACAAACUACAUUUCCGGGCGAUAAACGAUCAACAAGUGGACGAAAUCUGCAUUGAUUUAUUCUACAAGCCGCACACCAUCAGCCUGCUGACGGCCACUGUGCUCAGCCUCAUGUACUUUGCGUUCACCAGGAAUGACGAGAACUCGGACAACAAUCUGCGAGUUGGUCUUAUUGUGGCUGUUUCCUUCUUCUCGGUCGUCAGUGUCCUGGCUUUUCCGAACGGACCUUUUAUCAGGCCUCAUCCGGCGAUAUGGAGAAUUGUGUUUGGUCUCAGUGUUCUGUACUUCCUGUUCCUGGUUUUCAUCAUCUUCCUCAACUGGAACCAAGUGAAGUCUCUGAUGUACUGGCUGGACCCAAAUCUGCGCUACGCCAAACGGGAAGCCGACAUUAUGGAAUAUGCUGUAAACUGCACAGUGAUAACAUGGGAGCGCGUCCUGAGCCACUUCGACAUCUUUGCGUUCGGCCACUUUGCCGGCUGGGCCUUGAAGGCUCUGCUCAUCCGCAGCUACGGCCUCUGUUGGACCAUCAGCAUCACCUGGGAACUAACAGAGCUGUUUUUCAUGCAUCUUCUGCCAAACUUUGCUGAGUGCUGGUGGGAUCAGGUGAUACUGGACAUACUGUUGUGUAACGGAGGAGGCAUCUGGCUGGGUAUGACCGCCUGCCGCUUUCUGGAGAUGAGGACCUACCGCUGGGCCAGUAUCAAGGAAAUCCACACCACCACGGGGAAAAUAAAGCGAGCCGUGCUCCAGUUCACCCCGGCCAGUUGGACCUACGUGCGCUGGCUUGACCCGAAGUCGUCCUUCCAGAGACUUGCAGGCAUCUACCUCUUCAUGAUCAUAUGGCAGCUGACCGAGCUGAACACCUUCUUCCUCAAGCACAUCUUCGUCUUCCAGGUGUCUCACCCUCUCAGCUGGUGUCGCAUCCUCCUCCUUGCAGCCAUCACUGCACCCACUGUUCGGCAGUACUAUGCGUAUCUGACAGACACCCGGUGCAAACGAGUGGGCACCCAGUGCUGGGUGUUUGGAGUCAUUUCUUCCGUGGAGGCUCUCACCUGUGUGAAAUUUGGAUAUGACUUAUUUUCCAAGACAGAGAUUAGUUAUGUUCUUCUGUGGCUACUCUGCCUGGCGCUCAUCACACUUCUGUGUUUAUAUGUGAUGGUUUGGUUUGAACAGAAUAAACUAAAGAGCCUUUCUGUGCAGUGUGAGGACUGUGAUAACCGCGGUGUGGUCGACGUCUGUGAUAUCAUCCUAGACAAUGUUGUCGGUCAGAAAGAGACAUCGAGAGGUCCAGCACCCACAAAAACGAAGAAAGUCUCGGGGAGGAACAGAUUAGUGAAUGGCCACGGAGGAAAGAAACACAGAUUUUCUCUUAAAGAGAUGAGUGAUGGAUGCUCAGGAAAAAAACAAUGUGAAAACCAUCAUGCACCUAAAUCUUCAAAGUAAUUGUGGUGAGUUACAUAAAGGUUUUAAUGAAACCUACAGACCAAGAAGACGAAACACCAAAAGAAAAAACGCCAUCAAGCCCGGACGCUCUAUUGGAACGGUGGAUGUUGGACUACAAAAACACUAACAUGCGGUUAUCGUCAUCAUCGUUUACAUUUUCUACCUGAAACUACUGAGUGUUGCAAUUUUUUUACACUGUGGGACACACGAUAUGUCAUGUCAGGGAUGUACCAGCUUUACAGAGUGGUCUAGUUUGCAAACUCUUCCACACCACCUCCCGGACUGUUGAUAUUUUGAUGUACAUGCUAAAGUCCCUUCUGCACAUAAUCUCUUUGUUCUGUUACUUUGCCCUCUAUUUAAUAGCUUUAUUCUAAAAACAUUUACUUUGAUGUAUUUGUUUGUAAAGUUAUUACCUCCAUCAAGGCAAAGAAGUUUGUGUUUUGGCCCCUGUCUGUGUAUUUGUGUCAGCAGGAUUAAGCCAAAACUACGGAGAGGAUUCCAAUAAAACUUAUGGGGGGAGGGGGGGGAAAUCAAGAAUUUGUUGGAGAAAAGUAAUAAGUGUUUGUGUGUCAUGUUGUGACCAAAGACUGACAUUCAAUAUGAUAGCGCCACACAUGGUGACAAUCAGUAACAGGAGAAUCACACGGGGGAAAUCCUCCUGUUCAAAGGUUCAUUUUGAGUCGUAGUUUUAACACAAUGUGAAUUUAAUAUGACGGUUUCACAUAAAUUUAAUUAACAUUUGUUAUUCUUAUUCCCAAUGCACUACUUGGUGUUAGAGCUUUGAUUUUAUAUGGGUGUUUUUUAUGUACAUGAAUAAUUGGGAAAGUUUGUGGGGUAUUUGUUUUUAUAACAAAGUGAUUAAAUAUGGAUGUUACAACACAAAACAAAGGAAAAAUUA